AUGCAAGAAGACAAGCAAAAAAGCAGAUAUGAGGACAAGCAAGAAGAAAUGAGUACAAUUAUUGAGGAUACAAGGAUGUCAAUUGAAAAAAAUAUUGAUAUAACAAUGGAAAAUGAUGAUACAAAGUCUGAUAGUGGUGAGAAUUGGUCCGGAUCUAUGG